GUUUAGCUUCACUACAGAGAACGAGUCUGAACAAGAUAGACACAAAUCUUGUCUCUGCAUUUGUGGAAAGAUGGCAUCUAGAGACAUCUUCAUUUCACAUGCCGUUUGGUGAAAUGAGCAUUACUUUAGAUGAUGUCGCAUGUCUACUUCACUUGCCCAUUAGGGGUAUCUUUUGGAGUCCUCAGGAUGUGACUGAAGAGCUAGCUGUUGAACUUGCUGUUGACUACCUAGGAGUGUCACAGGGUCAGGCACAGUCACAUGUUCGGAGCUGCAGGGGGUCGUAUUACAAGUUGGAGUGGUUAUAUGAUAUAUUCGUACAUCAUAGGGCUGCUUCCAGCUAGGCAUAUGCGACUAGAGCAUAUCUAUUGAUGUUGGUGGGUUCCACCAUAUUUGCUGAUAAGACCUUUACACUUGUAGAGGCACGAUACCUCCUCCUGUUUAGGGACUUGGAUGGAUGUUCAGGAUAUAGUUGGGGAGCAGCUGCACUAGUUACCCUCUACCGAUAUCUUGGAGAUGCGUCCAUGUACAGUUGCAAACAGCUAGGUGGAUAUCCUACUCUCCUACAGUGUUGGAUUCACGAGUAUUUUCCAACUGUUGGAAAAAGAGGGGAGAAUUGGAAUCCUGCUGGAAACUGUGGUCUUCCCCGAGCGAUGAGAUGAUCGUAUAGACAGGGAGUCCUGAAGGUCGAUGAUUUACGACCUAUUUUGGACGAGCUGACACCUACCGACGUCAUCUGGCGACCAUUUGAGGAUCAUAGAGCAUGGCGUGUAUUUGAUGAGAUAUGUCUUUACAGGGGCUGUUUGAAGUGGGGUGAAACAGUUGUUCCAUACUUGCCUGAUAGAUGUUUACGUCAGUUCGGGUAUAGGCAGUAUGUUCCAUCCCCACCUCUGGAUUGUAUGAUGGCGACGGAUAUUGAUGUUGAUUGGAUCAGUUACCAUCAGAGUGUUGUCGAUGUGAUCGGUUCAUCUUCCGUGGCCACCACUCCAUCUGAGGUAGUAGACGGUUAUCUGGAGUGGUAUUAUCGUGUUUCCCAUCCACGGUUGGUCCCUCCCCAUCGUGACGCUCCUAGAGAGGUACCCGUUCCUGUAUA